ACCAAGAUAAAAUAUUCACUGUUGAGCUGGAUAUGUAUCGAACGGGUGUGACAUCAAUAAUUUUAUUUAGAUGUUACGGCUUUUUAACAGUCAUUUCAACCUAUGCUUUUAGUGUGGAACGAAAAAGGAAACGUAUGCAGACUACGCACUAGACGAAGUUAAUAGAAAAGCCUUAACGGAAACGUUCCUCUAAAGUGCCUUGGAAAACAGUCUUGCACAGAGACGUAUGCCUGUUGACGUAUUCAAACCAAACCAACUUUCGUCGUUUGAUCAUCGUCAGGACUCAGGAGAUUUAAAAUGCAAACCUUGUUAGACGGCGAAGAUGGUGAUAGAUUUGGAAUGCCCGGCAAAAUAAUAUCCGAUGAUUUAAAGAAGUCUUUUAAAAACCUGAAUAAAUCAAUACAUGGAUUGAUUCAAAAAAGCGAGUGUCAACAUAAAAAAAGAGACGAAACCUUUGAGCAACUACAACAUUUCAAACGAUUGCUUGAUAAGGUAAAGGAAGAAAACGCUGAUCUGCGAUGUAAAAACGCACAUCUCCAGGCUCGUGUACUAAUGACUCAACCACAUGACGUCAUUCUUGAAAAUCAAAAAAGAACAGAAGAGCUUUUUGUUGAUGUUUAUGACGCCCUUCUUGAAAAACUACAAAAAGCGGAAACUGAACUCCACGAGCUUACGAUCAGAUGGAGGAGUCGAGUUGAGGAACAACAAUUACUGAAAGAGUUUAUACACAAGGAAGAGCAAGUUCGACUCCUUAAGGAACACAAAAACAUCAUGACAAAAAUGAUAAGUGUGCUUGAGAAGACUAUUGCAAAACUUCAGACAGAUUCUCCAACAACAGACGGAUCUGAUAAAGAAAGUACGUCUCUGGGGGAGCUUCUAGAGGAACAAGCAAAACUGCAAGUGGAAUAUGAACUUAGUAAUGAGCGUUUGGAGCAAACGUCUUACGACUCCUUCAUAACAGGAACGAUGGAGAACACAUUGGAGAACAUGGACCCCCAAUUGCGCACUUCCGAGGACCAGUGCACCCUGCCUCAGACGCAGCUUCAAAAGAUCAAAAGCAGAACCGCUGAAUGCUCUGUUCAAGUCUCUGAACCACAAACGUCUAACAGUACAGAAGUCUGCUCAGCAAUUAUUAUGUUGAUAGCCAUCCAUUUCUCUGAUUUAAUAUAUUUCAUAUACCGGGAUUGUAUAUCAUGAAUGUGUCUUAACUGAUAAAUAUAGCAUUUUAUUGAUUGACGACUGGUGCUUUAUUUGUUUCAUGUUGUGAUUGUAUGUUGUUAAUAUAAACGUGUAAAUCAGUUUAGGAUUUACAAAGGAUACCAUCUUUCAACAUAAGGUUUUGGGCAUUCAUAGUUUUAUUUGCAUUGUAAAGCAAAUUAAUUCCUGUGUUUUACCUUAGUUAUAUUAUUAUUAUUAUUGCCUUUUCUGUUUACUUGAUUACACAAAUCUUUGUCAUGUAAAAGUGCUGCAUAUUAAAAUAAUUCAAUGUGUUAUACUCAAAUAAC